AGCCGUGGAGAGAGUGUAUUCUAUCGUACAGACACCGAGGCUCUGUCUGCUGUAGACUGUCUCUUGUUCUGAUAUCGCGACCAGGCUUUUCUCACUGAAAUAAUGGUAGUGAACGAGUGCCUCACGAACGCAUAACCUCUGGCUUCUUUGAUCUCCGCCAGAAUAUCCUCAACACGUCGCUGUUGAGAUCCACCUCACCAUACAAAACAAAGAAACAGAACGAGAGCUGGAUGUCACUCUCAGCCUCUCCACUGUUCAAAGCAAAGUCUGAUCUAAGACGCCGAGUAUGGGACGGUGUUGUGCCGAUUCAGAUCAUUCUUGCCGCAGACGAGGCUAGAAUGAGCGUUGAUCCCUAUUAUAUCAACGCUUCGAGGAUAUCGUAUUUUCCGCUGCUGUUUCCUCAGAUCACUGCUUAUUUCAAGCCAUAUCUGCGGGAUCCUGACUCUGCUGAUUCGCUUGAAUGGUGGCUUGAAUUCGAAGACGUGCCUCUUCGUUGGAACUGGCCUAUCGGACUGCUCUACGAUCUCCUCACAGGCCUCGACCCAUCCCAAUCCGACAACCCAGAUCACGACUGGCAUCUCCCAUGGACGCUUGUACUCCACCACAAUCGGUACCCUACCGAGACCCUGCUACGACUUCGGAAUACUGGUGAUUUAGUCGAAAACUGGGUCAACAGAGUGAAAGAGGCGGAUUUCAUCAGACGCGGAAACGCGACAACAGUUAUGAAUCUGUCAAAGGCGGACUCGACUAAUCUGUGGAGCGGUGUCGAGACUCAUAAUUAUGACCUUUUCUGGAGUGUCGCAAAGAAACUCUUACCCAGCGAAACCAGCUCCCUUCGACAUAUCCCCAUCAAAAUCUAUCUCCCCUCCUCAAACAAAGUUCUCCAGACUCUUGUUCCUCCACACUUAUCUCCCAAAGAACCACACACAGUAGGCACCGCGCUGCACAAAUUCCUCCCAGACCUAUUCCCAUCCCGCCGAACGUGUCUGCUCGCACGCCCGAUCCUGCACGGCGCGUUUCUCGGCAUGACUGUUCCGCUGGCGGAACUGCUGUCUGAGUGCAUGUACACGGAUGGAUAUUUGCAUAUUUGUAUUGUUAUGAUUGCAUAGAGGUAGUUUUUAAUAGGAUAGAGUAUCUAUUAUACAAAUCUUAAC